UCGCUUCCUGUCCAGCAGCUCCAGAUGGAGCAGAUCAAUGCGCGCAUUCCAGCUCAUUGUAACUGUAGCGGCAUGUGAUUUCAGCCCGUAAUGUCCGCGCGCUGGGUUCAGCACGAUGCAGUGAAUAUGAUGCCGCUUGGAAACACGGAGCUUUGUGCACAGUUUACUUUGCAAUUACUUUUGAAUCUAUUAAUACGGUGUGAAACCGCAGCUGUCUCGCUCAAGGUUGUUCUAUUGACGUGACUACAGAGCCAUGAGGUCCUCAUCUUCGCGUUUAUCAAGUUUUUCAUCCAGGGAUUCUUUAUGGAGCCGGAUGCCGGAUCAGAUCUCCGUGUCAGAGUUUCUCUCGGAGACGACGGAGGAUUACAAUUCCCCCACGACAUCAAGCUUCACCACCCGCUUGCAGAGCUGUCGGAACACGGUCAAUGUUCUGGAAGAGGCUUUGGACCAGGACCGAACAGCUUUACAAAAGGUCAAGAAAUCCGUCAAAGCAAUCUACAACUCGGGUCAAGAGCAUGUGCAGAAUGAAGAGAUUUACGGACAGGCACUGGACAAGUUUGGCAGUAACUUCAUCAGCCGAGAUAACUCUGAUCUGGGAACAGCCUUCAUCAAGUUCUCUGGCCUUAUCAAGGAACUGGCCGCUCUCCUCAAGAACCUGCUCCAGAGUCUCAGCCACAAUGUCAUCUUCACCCUGGACUCUCUGCUCAAAGGAGAUCUAAAGGGAGUGAAGGGGGAUCUCAAAAAGCCUUUCGACAAGGCCUGGAAAGACUAUGAGACCAAGUUCACAAAGAUUGAGAAGGAGAAGAGGGAACAUGCCAAGCAGCACGGCAUGAUCCGUACAGAGAUCACCGGCGCGGAGAUCGCAGAGGAGAUGGAGAAGGAACGCAGGAUCUUUCAACUGCAGAUGUGUGAGUACCUGAUCAAAGUGAACGAGAUUAAGACCAAGAAGGGAGUGGAUCUUCUCCAGAAUCUCAUCAAGUAUUAUCAUGCACAGUGCAAUUUUUUCCAGGACGGCUUGAAAACCGCUGACAAGUUGAAGCAGUAUAUAGAGAAAUUAGCAGCUGAUCUCUAUAAUAUAAAACAGACCCAGGACGAAGAGAAAAAACAGCUCACAGCUCUAAGAGACCUCAUUAAAUCGUCUUUACAGCUGGACCAGAAAGAGGAUUCUCAGAGCAAGCAGAGCGGUUACAGUAUGCACCAGCUACAGGGCAAUAAGGUGUUUGGCAGUGAGAAGAAGGGCUAUCUGUUUAAGAAGAGCGAUGGGAUCCGCAAAGUAUGGCAGAGGAGGAAGUGCUCAGUGAAAAACGGCAUUCUCACCAUCUCCCAUGCCACAUCCAACAGGCAACCGGUGAGACUGAAUCUGCUGACCUGCCAGGUUAAACCCAGCGGAGAGGAUAAGAAGUGCUUUGACCUCAUCUCUCAUAAUCGAACAUAUCAUUUCCAGGCAGAGGAUGAACAGGAGUUUGUGAUAUGGAUCUCAGUGCUGACUAACAGUAAGGAGGAGGCUCUGAACAUGGCGUUUCGUGGGGAGCAGAGUGCUGGAGAUGACAGUAUGGAAGACCUGACCAAAGCCAUCAUCGAGGACGUGCUGCGCAUGCCUGGAAACGAAGUCUGCUGCGACUGUGGUGCACCAGAGCCUAAAUGGUUAUCCACUAACCUGGGCAUCCUGACAUGCAUCGAGUGUUCAGGGAUUCACAGGGAAAUGGGAGUCCAUAUUUCACGUAUCCAGUCCAUGGAGCUCGACAAACUCGGCACCUCUGAACUCUUGUUGGCUAAGAAUGUGGGUAACAGCAGUUUUAAUGAAAUAUUAGAAGGGAACCUGCCGAAUCCUUCACCAAAGCCAACACCGUCAAGUGACAUGACCGAGAGGAAGGAGUACAUAAACGCGAAGUAUGUGGAGCACAGGUUUGCUCGGAGGACAGCCACUACAGCCACAGCCAGACAGGGCGACUUGUACGAGGCCGUGAGAACUCGAGACCUGAUGGCUCUUAUUCAGCUCUAUGCAGAUGGAGUGGAGCUAAUGGAUCCUUUUCCAGAAGCAGGACAGGACCCGGGAGAGACAGCGCUGCACUUUGCUGUGCGGACAUCAGACCAUUCCUCGCUGCACCUGGUGGACUUUCUCGUCCAAAACAGUGGGACUCCAGACAGACAGACGGAGAGUGGAAACACUGCUCUCCAUUACUGCUGCACAUAUGAGAAGGCAGAGUGUCUCAAACUGCUGCUCAGGGGAAAACCAUCUUUUGACUUGGUGAAUCAAAAUGGGGAGACGGCUUUGGACAUUGCCAGACGACUGAAAAAUAGACAGUGUGAAGAGCUACUGGUGGAGGCAGCAGCCGGGAGGUUCAAUCCUCACGUUCAUGUGGAGUAUGAGUGGAAUCUGCGGCUGGAGGAGAUCGACGAGAGUGAUGAUGACCUAGAUGAUAAGCCUAGUCCAGUGAAGAAAGAGCGUUCUCCCCGACCUCAGAGCUUCUGUCAUUCCUCAAGCGUGUCCCCUCAGGAGAAGCUGUCUUUGCCGGGGUAUUUAGGACACAGGGACAAACAGCGACUCUCCUAUGGAGCCUUUGCCAAUCCCGUCUACAGCACCUCCACCGAUACACCUGCGUCUCCAGUAUCAGAGGGUCCCACAAUAGCCAACAAGACCCCUUCAAAAGCUCCGUCCACUGGACCACCCACCUCCCUUCCGCUGGGAUCACAAUCGAGUGCAGGAGGCAGCUCCACUCUGUCUAAGAAGAGAGCACCUCCUCCACCUCCCGGACACAAGCGCACCCUCUCAGACCCCCCCAGCCCCGUACUUCAGGGCCCGCAGAGCAAAGGAAGUGAGUCCACACCUCCUUCUGCAAAUCGGACGUCCCCGGCCAAUAAGUUUGAGGGAAUUCAGCAGCAGCCAAGCACUACUUCUAUGAACACAAAAGCAGCAUUUGGCCCACGAGUUCUUCCCAAAUUACCUCAAAAAGUGGCACUACGAAAGAUCGACACAAUCCACCACCCCUCAGUGGACAAGUCCAGUCCUGAUGUGCUGCAGAAACCCCCACAGGCCCAGGACACUCCUCCCACUAGAGCUUCAGAUACAAUAACUAGACCCACUGAGCCGCCACCUAAAAUCCCACAACCCGCAGAACGCUCCCAGCCUGUGGAGGUGCCGCAGAAACCACAUAUCUCAGACCUUCCCCCCAAACCACUGCUAUCUGAUCUGCCCCCAAAACCACAACUGUCAGAUUUACCUCCCAAACCUCAGCUUUCCGACCUGCCCCCGAAACCUCAGCUUAAGGAUCUUCCCCCUAAGCCGCAGCUCUCUGACCUCCCAUCCAAGCCUACAAUGUCUUCAGCAGCUGAGACCACACAGAGGCAAACAGCACAGGAGGAAACGAGUCCAAAGCCCCAGCUGACAGAGGUGCAGUCAUCCAGUCAGCAGGAGGAGCUCUCUCCAAGACAGGCCAGUGAGGACACUAAUGGUGCGCCUGCAGGAGCUUUGGAGAUGCCAGUCCCGAUGCCACGGAAAAUAAACACAGUGGGCAAGAACAAAGUAAGGCGUGUGAAAACCAUCUAUGAUUGCCAAGCGGAUAAUGACGAUGAGUUGACUUUUGCGGAGGGGGAGGUUAUCAUUGUUACAGGAGAGGAAGACCAGGAGUGGUGGAUCGGGCACAUAGAGGGGGAGCCUGAACGGAAAGGGGCCUUCCCAAUGUCCUUCGUGCACAUUCUGUCAGACUGACAGCGUAAAAGCGGCAGCCGAGAGGCUUUCUAACUAGCACAAGCUCUGCUCUCUCUGGCCUCACACUGGACUGUGGGCAUUGCCUCUGUACAUAGCUGCUGAAACCCAAACGGUCUCCAAGCAAACGAAACAUGAAGUAUCAAACCCAUGCUCCCUUAAACCUCAAGGGUGAAAUGUGUAAACUAUGUGUUGUUCAUAAACUGUGUUAUCCUGCCUAUCAGUAUUAUCGUAGCCAUGGCAGCCCAGCAUGCCAAACUGGGUUUGCAGUAGCUAUACUUGGAAAUCUAGCACUUAACAUGUAUGCUGUAACUUUGUGUAUGUGUACACAUAUAGAAUUAUAUGUAUGUCCAUUUUAAGUGUGUCUUUGUACAUACAUAUGCACAGAUGUAAGUGUAUAUUUAUGUACGUAUGUAAAAUGUACAAGUGUGCAAAUGUGUUAACCCUGCUUGCUUAUGGAGCCAGAGUGACUCUAGACAUCUUAGUGUACUGUUUUAAAAGAAAAAAAGAUCAUCUCUUGAAUUUUUUUUUUUCUUGAAGGCGUAAACGAUGAGCAAGAAUACUUCAAUGCUAUACCGGUGUUGAAAUUCCCAGCAUAGUGGGAUUCUGGUCAGGGAUCAAAACCAAAACGCAAAGGUUUGAACAUCUCAUCUGCUUUACAUGAACCAUUAAGAUAUGCAUUCACUCGGUUUGCAUCACUCACGAAAAAAAAAAAGACAGAAAUCAUCUUUAUCCUGAAUGCCUCAGUGAUUCAGAGACCAAUUCACAGCCCUAGAAAAUUGCUGGUGCAAUGCUACCACUUUCUACCAGUAUGUUCGUAUGGUGACUGUAUGCGAGGACGUUACCACACAUUACCACACAUAACCGCUAAUAAUUUAAGAAUGAACCACUGAAGAGCUCAUAUCGGUCAAACAUUUCAGUGUCUCUUGUGGUUGCGGCCUUGGUUGCAUCUGUGGGGCCGCUUCAUUCCUUCCCCAUUAUCAUUUAAUGCCAAAUCUGACAAAACCAAUGCCUCAGCUCUGGGAAAGUGUCCUUGUCGAUAUUCUUUUAUUAGAUCAUACAACAGCGUACCUUAUCCCUUCGGCCUCUGGUUAUCAGUCAUAAUCAUGCAUAAUUGAUAAAGCUUCACUCGCACAUGGAUCUGACUGGUCAAACGUUGUUGGCUUUGUAUAAAAAUGGAUAUAUGUUGAGCAGAACACAAUCUGUUAAAGGUUGCUUAGAAGGAGUUUUGUUGUAUGCUUACAGUGACUGUGGAAUGUGAUUUCUUUCAUUUACAUUGAAACAAGCUGCAAGGGGACCCGGCAGUGAGUGACUGACUCGGUAUGACUCAGAAUGAACGAACUCUGCCUCUUUUCUCGUUACCCUAUCAGGGAGACCAGCAUUCACUCUUGGUUUUUAACUAUUAUUGUAUUAACAAAAGAAGAUGUAUUAAUGAAUGCCACCUGUACUAUAUUUGAUGAUGAUAGUAUUUGACAUUUAUAGGGCUAAAGUGUUUCAGCAUGGAGAGGGAUGCAACCUUCAAGUGUACUUUACUUUGGGUUUUGUUUCUCUGUUUUAGGUCAUGUUACGAUUAAAUAAUAAUAUCUAAGGAAUAAAUUACAGGAAUUCAGCACAAAGAACGUCUCUGCUCCAUGAACAAGACAAAACAACUUCAAGACUGUGCCAUUCCUGGACUGUUUUGUUUAGAGCCCACUGUUGGACCACGUCUAUCUGUUUAGAUGUUCAAUCCAGCACAACUCCAGAUCAUGGAUUCCUGUGUUGCUAAUAAUUGUAGCAUAAUAAAGUCUGGAAACGGUCAAAAGGACAACUUCACAUUUAAGUGAAUAAACUGGAUUCAGUCCUAAUGUUAAAUUUAGGCUGAAUUUUGGCACUCUCUCUCUCACCUGUUUUUUUCUGUGUUUGCUGCACUGUAAGUUCAGUCAGGAAGAAAAUCAAACUUGGCUAUCAAGUCUUCGAAUCUUAAAAUAAAGACUAUGGUGAAACCA